ACUGGAAAAAAUAGAAAACGGCUUUCCAACAGGCUUUUGCGCGUGCGUAGCAACAUUUUGAGCAUCAAGGCGUUAGUGGAGCAUAGAGCGCAUUCGGGAAGGAAAACAGACACUGUCACCCACCCCAAACAGACCAGCAGGAAUAAUGUCGAGUGUGUUCCUGCCGUCGGACCUGGCCAACUCAGUGUUGAGCCGGCAGCGCAGGGACAACAGCUACCUGCUAGAGGAGAUCAGGCAGGGCAACAUCCAGAGAGAGUGCAGGGAGGAGAUCUGCACCUACGAGGAGGCCAGGGAGGCCUUUGAGAAUGACGAGAAAACUCUCUCUGAUUGGCUGCAGCAACGGUUCUGGGAGGAGUAUGUACGGGAGAGCAGCCCAAGUGGCGGGCUGCAGUCUGUGGUGGGCGGAGUCCACUCCCUCUACCUGAUCCUCCCCUUGCUCCUGGUGCUCCUCCUCAUCGCAGCAGUGGCCAUCACCGUGUGGCGGUGCCACUCCCGCAAGCGCUCAGAGCGCAGCCCCGCCCUGGGGGGCUCCAACCGGGACCCCACCCUAUCGGUGGUCUCCAUGGACCAGUGGGGACGGGACUUCCACGAUCACUCCGAGCUCAGCGUCCACAGCAGCCCCGCCUACCCGGGCUUGGAGGUCACGUCGGCGAGGGGAAGCAGGGGAGAGCCACCGCCAUCUUACGAGGAGGCGGUCGGCCACACAGAUGUGCACAUAGAGACAGAGCCGCCGCCUCAGUAUGAGGACAUCAUUGGCCAUGGGAAGUGAAGUACCCCCCAUGUCCUUUCUUACCCAACACCCCACCUCUCUCUCCAGCCCCCAUCCAGCUAUAUCAUCCUCCCGGUCUCAGCCUACACCUCGCCUCCCUCUUUAACUGUUACGUUACUACACUAUACUAACGGAGAGUUACUGGAUGCAAUAACGUCGAAGCUUGCACUGACCAUCAGAUAGGAGUUGAGUGAUAGCGGAGACGAUACCAAAUGUUUGAUUUCGCAAAACCAAAAUGUACUGUGUUUUUGUCAUCCUACCAUAGAUUUAUGUUAUGACUACCCUGGAGGUUUGGGGCUUGCAAAUGAACGAUGCAUGACAAUUGUGUGGUGUAAAGGAAAAAUAAGAAAACAGCAACAGUUCUUAUUGACAUACUUGUAAGAAAGGAGAAAACAAUUCUAGAGAGAUAGUUGUUUUGAAUGUUCAGGAAGUGAAUUGUAAAAAAACAAGCAAUUUUGCUUGCAUAAGGAGACAGAAUUGUUUGCUGUGUCAUUUUAGCCAUAUAUUUGGGUAAGCCAGUACUGGCUAUGUACACGUGGGCUUAUUGGAUCUAUGCCAGCGUCGUAUACAUUUGUGGAAGACUGUCAAUAUUCUCCGACCGUAUUCCAUUAGGGAAUGUCCUAAAUGGCACCCUAUGCCUUAUAUAGUGCAUUACUUUUGGCCAGAGCCCUAUGGGUAGUAGUGCACUAAAUAUGGUAUAGGGUGCCAUUUGGGACACAUUCUAUGUCUGUCUCUCGGAGUGGGACAUUAUCUGAGCUGUGCUGGCAUGGAGCGCGGAGUGACCUGCAAGCGAAUAUGGGCCAGGAAGCAGAAGAAUAUGAAGCAGGGUGGAGCAGCAACAACCCAUUUUUCACUUGCAGUAUUAAAUGUCACUAUGGACAGCGUGUGUGAGCAUGUGUGUAUAUACAUGUGUGUGAGAGUGCGCUUGAGUGAGCGUGCUUCUAUUUUUUUACUGCAGAUAACGGCAGUGACUACAUUGAUACUAAUGUAGUGGAUAUGUGGUGUGACUGAAGGCACUUUCUGUUAAGGCUCAAACUGAGCCGUUUGCUAAUGAAUUCUAGGGCAGAGUCUGUUUUGUUUGUGUCCAUUCAGCACAACUCUCAGCAAUAAUGUCACCUAUUGAUACAACGGUCUAUUUUACAUGCUAAUUAUGCAGCUGGGGGACUAAUUGCAGACAUCUGCCUAAUAUUCAGUAUCAUAAUACAUGUAAUAUGACAAUGGCCCUGUAAACACUUUAGGUUGUACAACUGAUUGACAAAGCAUUUGACACCAUUGUUAUGAUACCACGGACAGUUUGGCCAGGAUUCAAUCUUAUUGCGCGCUUGCCAUUUUAAAAGUAAUUUCCAUUAAGCUGUCAUCUACAGUGUUUGUUAAUGCAUUAGUGUUAAUGCAGGAACAUUGCCUUUUUAAAGGUGCAUUGUCGACAGCGUUCUACUGAUUUUGAAUCCUGGCCUUUGUCGGCACAGUAAUGUUUGCACACUAAUUGUGCACAAUGUGCAGUGUCUCAACAACGCUUGUAAUGAUACAUUUUUUAAAUACAAAACAAACUUUCCGUUGUGCAAAAUGUGUUGUACAUUAGUUGUAGAACUUGUGUGUACGGGGCCUGUGUAAUAUGUACAUUACAGAUUGAGAGCACUGAUGUUUUUUGUUGACCUGUGGAAUCGCAGCACUUGUCCCAAUGCUAUAUGACCUGUGACUGGGAUGUGUUGGUUAAGUUAGCCAUUUCGGUUUGGUCUAUUGGUACGUUCAAGACAACUCAGAAACUCAUCUUUUAUGACUUGGAAACUCAUAGGAUGAGGCCCGAGUCAACAAUAGGAAGCUCUUUACAAAUAACUUAUGUUCAUUUUAACUUGAGGUUCCGAGUUUCCGACUUGUCAUGAAUACACCAUAUGGCCCUGUCCAGAAACAACCCCUAGGACCCUACCCACUUCUGAGAGGAUUCAAUAUGUUAAAGCUACAGUAUAUGGUGACAGCUCCACCUUUCCCUCUGAUAGAAUAGGUGGAAUUGUUGCUAUAUUGCUUACACCUGUCCAAUCAUUUCAGAUCUCCACAGGUGUCUACAUGUAGGUAAUAGGGGCAAGGAAUUCUGGACAGGGCCAAUUAUUGUACUGUUACCUUUUGAAAUCCAGUUUUUACAACGCCUUAAGUAAAUGCAUAAGUAAAUGUAAAAAAAGAUAAACCUUUGAAUAUGUACUGAGCUUGAAUUUUAAUUUGUAAUAAAAUACUUAAACAUG